AUGAGUAAAAAUAAUGUGACUGAGUUAAUUAUUGUAGGUCUUUUCCAGGACCCAGAGGUGCAGAGGGUGUGUUUUGUGUUGUUUCUUCCCGUGUACCUGGCCACCGUGGUGGGCAAUGGUCUCAUUGUUGUGACAGUCAACCUCAGUAAAAGUCUAAAUUCCCCUAUGUACUUCUUCCUUAACUACCUGUCCCUGGUGGAGAUCAUUUAUGCUUCCACGAUUGUCCCAAAGUUCAUCACAGACCUACUUGCCAAGAUCAAAACCAUCUCCCUCAAGGGCUGUCUAACUCAGAUAUUCUUCUCCCACUUCUUUGGAGUUACGGAGAUCUUCCUGCUCAUGUUCAUGGCCUAUGAUCGCUAUGUGGCCAUCUGCAAACCCCUCCACUACACAACCAUCAUGAGCCGACCUGUAUGUCGCCUUCUGGUGGCCAGCUCCUGGCUGGGGGGCGUGGUUCACUCCAUGAUUCAAAUCUUUGUCACUAUCCAGUUACCUUUCUGUGGCCCCAAUGUGAUCGACCACUACUUCUGUGACCUCCAGCCACUAUUCAAGAUUGCCUGCACUGAUACCUCUGUGGAGGAUGUUAUUGUGUUUGCCAACAGUGGAUUAUUUUCUAUCUUCUCCUUUCUCCUCUUGGUGGCCUCUUACAUUGUCAUCUUGGUCAACUUGCGGAAGCAUUCAGCCGAGGGAAGGCGCAAAGCCCUCUCCACCUGUGCUUCUCACAUCAUGGUGGUCAUCUUGUUCUUUGGACCUGCCAUGUUCCUCUAUAUGCGACCUUCUGCCACCUCCACUGAGGACAAAUUGAUGGCUGUGUUCUACACGGUCAUCACCCCCAUGCUGAACCCCAUCAUCUAUACACUCAGAAAUAAAGAGGUGAAAAUUGCCAUGAAAAAGUUGUGGUGUAGAAAGGUGGAUAGUGGAAAAGUGGUAGUUGUCACCUGUGCACGUGGCCAGAGAACAAAGGAAAUCCAGGGGGAAAAAAAGAACUGUGAGCACCGAGUGGACUGUGUUACAGGGACCUCAGCCGACCUCAUGCUCAGUCGUCAUAAACUGGAUCGAGCACAGUGUGGGACAGGAACUGAAUUCAAGGACCCAUUUAGGAGUUCGUCCAGUUUCAUGGUGUCCUAUUCUGGUUUCCAUUCCCCAAGACAGAUCAUGUUGGGCAAUUUACCAGAUAUAAAUGUUGAAAACUUAUGA